CGCGGCGGCAGGAGGAUCCGCCCUCCCCAUGGCGUUUGCACCUCCCAAAAACCCGGAUGGCUCCAAGCUCCAGCUCAAGCUGAGCUCGUGGACUCCCCUGAACCACCAGCUCAUGAACGACAAGGUAUUUGAAGAAAGAAGAGCCCUGCUCGGAAAAUGGAUUCACUUCCCUGAUGUGACUGCUCUGCUUUUGAGGAGAGCUGUUGAUUUUACCACGAGGCUCCCUCGGGUCCUGUCCUUGUACAUCUUCUCCUUCCUGGACCCACGGAGCCUCUGUCGAUGUGCACAGGUGAGCUGGCACUGGAAGCACCUCUCGGAGCUGGACCAGCUGUGGAUGCUGAAGUGCCUGCGUUUCGGGUGGCUCAUCAACUUCUGCCCCACGCCGCUGGAGCAGGGCGUCUGGAAGCGGCACUACGUCGAGACGGUGCGCGAGCUGCGCCUCGCCGCGCCCCAGACUCCUUCCAAGGACGAGUUCAUCGUUAUCGAUGUGCAGCCAGUAAAAAACAAUGUCCCAGAGAGGAAACUCCCCGUGGGGACAACCAGGGGGAGAAAAGAGCUGCGUCCCUGGCGUCCCUCUGACAGGAACCCCACGGACACCAUCCGCUACAACUACCUGGACAACUACGACCCCAUCGAGCAGGCCAGGCAGGCGACUCCUUCCAAGGACGAGUUCAUCGUUAUCGAUGUGCAGCCAGUAAAAAACAAUGUCCCAGAGAGGAAACUCCCCGUGGGGACAACCAGGGGGAGAAAAGAGCUGCGUCCCUGGCGUCCCUCUGACAGGAACCCCACGGACACCAUCCGCUACAACUACCUGGACAACUACGACCCCAUCGAGCAGGCCAGGCAGGCGAGGAGGAAGGGAGGAGGGCACACCCCGGACCUGAGCAGGCAGGCGGCUGAGAGGAAGAAGAGAGGGGGUUGUGGAUCCACGCAGUGCUGGUUGCUCAGAAAGGCAGGAGUUUGUACCCUAAAAACCAUGCCCAGGAGCUCAGUGAAACCUCCCUGGAAGUGUGAAGGAUAUGGGACAGAGAUCCCCCAGUAA